AUGUCGAUAGCUCCCAUCAUCACCUUCAAAGCAGGUAUCUGCGACUUCGAUGACUCUACGAACCCUCCCUCCGUGAAGCCCAAGCCGACUCCCGGCUACGUUUACCUUUACUCCGAAGAUGAGCUCGUGCACUUUUGCUGGCGCCCUCGCAGCGCAUCUCUCGAUGAGCCGGAGCUGGAUCUGGUCAUGAUUCCGUCUGAUGGAAGCUUCACCCCAUACAAGCCCGCAGGCAAGGACGCUACAAAUGGUCGUAUCUUCGUAUUGAAGUUCUCGUCGAGCUCUCAGCGCUAUCUGUUCUGGAUGCAAUCCAAAUCCCAGCACGAAAAUGGUGACCUGAGUUGGUUUAGCCCACGAGAUUUGAAGCUGGGAGAGAUUGUCGAUGUUCUGUUGCAGGGUGAGGACGUGGACGUGGAACACGAGAUCGCUAACCUCCCCGGCCGACCAUCCGGCGGCGACGAUGACGAGACCAUGGAGGAUGUGGAGGGCACCGACCAUGAUCCCAACCACAGGCACGGAAGCACCAGUGGCGGAGCUGGCCCGGACGCAACUGGGGGCGAUGUUCGCGAGGAGGGCCAGGAAUCGCGAGAGGGUGGAGCUGAUGGUGGAAGAGCAGCUGCCCCAGGAGAUCCAUCGUCGGUAGUCCAGGACUUCUUAAAGUCUCUGGGUGGCGGUCAGAGCCAGUCCCAGUCCCAGGACCCUGAACGACCAUCUACGACCCUUCAGGACCUUCUUCCUCCCCCAACUACGCUGCCAUACAUCGAAUCCCUGAGACGAGACCACUGCUGA